AUCCACUAAUAUGGAACACGUUAUUGUCGUUGGUGGAGGCCUCGCUGGCCUUUCCGCUGCUCAUACCGUCCUCGAGCGUGGUGGACGUGUCAUACUCCUUGACAAGAUGUCAUUCUGUGGUGGUAACUCUACCAAGGCCACUUCUGGUAUCAACGGGGCACUGACCGCCACUCAAAGGAAGCAGGGCAUUCCUGACAGCCCGGAACUCUUCGAGAAGGAUUCCCUCAGAGGUGGUGCUGAGCGGCCCGAUCUCAUCAAGGUUUUGACCCACGAGAGCGCUGAUGGCGUCGAUUGGCUCAUUGACCGAUUCGGCCUUGACUUGUCAUUGCUUUCGAGACUUGGCGGCCACUCUAUGGAGCGUACCCAUCGCGGAAAGGCUCGUUUUCCUGGUAUGACAAUUACUUAUGCUCUUAUGGAGAAACUUGAGGAAAUUUGUGAGAAGGAGCCAACUCGAGCUAAGAUGAUCAUGAAGGCCAAGGUUGACAAGCUGCUGACUGAUGCCUCCGGUGAAGUGAUUGGGUGCGAGUACGUUAAGGACGGCAAGACCCAUGAACUGUUUGGGGCCGUGGUCUUGGCUACCGGCGGCUUUGGUGCUGACUUUACCGAUGGCUCUCUAUUGAAGCAGUAUAGGCCAGAUCUGGCUCAUUUGCCAACUACCAAUGGAGAGCAUACUACUGGUGAUGGCAUUAAGAUGGCCCAGGCUAUAGGGGGGGAGACAGUCGAUCUGGAGUGGGUUCAGGUACAUCCGACUGGUCUGGUCCACCCUGAUGAACCCGACAAUAAGGUCAAGUUCCUGGCUGCCGAGGCUCUCCGUGGUGUUGGUGGUCUCCUUAUUGAUGCCCAUGGUAGACGAUUCUGUAAUGAGCUUGGUCGUAGAGACUAUGUUACCGGAGAGAUGUGGAAGAAUAAAGGACCGUUCCGUCUACUUUUGAACUCAAAGGCUUCGAAGGAGAUCGAGUGGCACUGCAAGCACUACAAAGGCAGAGGCCUCAUGAAGUUUUACAAGUCGGGCCGCGAUCUCUGUGCUGAUACUGGUAUUGACCCCAAGGUGCUGGAGGACAGUUUCAGGGUUAAUAACGAAUGUGCAGUGAAAAUGGCGCAGGAUCCCGAGGGUGGCAGCUACCCAGCUUACCCUAGCGGCAAGAGCUAUGAUAAAUGGGGUAAAAAGUUUUACCAUAAUACCCCUACUGAUAUCAACGACUCUUUCCACGUCGCUAUCGUGACGCCUGUCAUCCACUACUGUAUGGGUGGCUUGAAGGUCGACACUGAUGCCCGCGUCCUCAGGCAGGACAAGCCCAUCGAGGGCCUCUUCGGAGCUGGUGAGGUCAAUGGUGGCAUCCACGGCAAGAACCGUCUUGGUGGCAGCUCUUUGUUGGACUGUGUUGUCUUCGGCCGUGUGGCCGGCAGAUCGGCAAGUAGCCACAUGCAGGAGUCCAACGUUAGAGUCGUCGCUGAUAAGGGCUUGGCUAGAUCCAAGUUGUGAUUAUUGUGACAACGUGUUUUCGACUCCUUUUAUCGUAUCAAUGAACAUCAUUAUAGCAAGUAUUGAGCAUAAGGUUGGUAUCUUCGAUAAGCAUAUUUUUAUUAAGUGAUAGUCGGGCAAGUGUUAUUAGUAGAAUCAUGUUAGUCGGCUGAAGGGAGCCUGUG